AUGCGCGUCCAUUGGGUCCAUCUUCCCACGCUCGUGCUUGUUGCCCUCCUUGCGGCCUGUCAAGCUCUGCCUCUCAUCGAGCACGACAGCUCUCCCAAGCCUUUGCUGCCGAGAGCAACAUACUCGGUAGUCCCGAUCAACGGAGAGUCGGGUCCGGAACAUGGCCCUGGGGGUCCGGUCGUGACCAAGACUGUGGUGCAAACCGCUCACCAACCGCUCACUCAGUCGUCCACUCGCUCGCCCGCAAACUCCCUCACGAGAACGGUUUCCGUGGUGCCUAUUCAACCUGAACCCACUCUAACUUUGACCACCACCGUCGUCCACGUCGUACCAACUAUAUCGGCCACGACGGCGGCCACGGCAUCCUCGAUAUCUCCAUUCUCCUUCUUGUCUUUUGCGGUUACGAUGUCCUAUCGGACCAUCUCGGCAACCCCUUCAUCAACAUCCAAGACAUCGAACUCUACCGCCGCGUCGACCUCCCCCUCUCCUUCAGCGUCUAAUACAUCAAAGUCCGUGUCUAGCUUAAGCACAAGACCUUCGCCGAGUACCACGUCGACAGAGUCCCCCAUCUCGAUCACGGUCACGGUACCCACCACCACUGCCUCUAUUCCAUUUCCAACGACCUUCAUUAGCAAUAUUUCCAGCGUCUCAUACGACGACGGCAUAUGGCACACGACAUAUCCACCCUGGAAUGGCUCGACGACUACCUAA